UAGUAUAUUACGCAGACUCUAUUCAAUCAUGAUCGUCGUGCUAUACAUGGGUGGUUAUGAUGGUCCACAGCAGGCGUUCCAUAAUUCCAUGCAGCCACCAUUUUUUCACAAAAAUCAAAGAAAAAAACCACCAAACCAUGGUUUAGAUAGUACAGCAGAUGCUCCUUGUCCGGCGCCGACGUGGGUGACCACGGGUUAGGUAGAACGAGUGGAGACUAGCCCCCUCUGAUCUGAAGAUCUGAAAUAAGAAGACUAGAAGCAGAAGCAAUUCUCAUCAAAGAAUUUUCUACUCAUGGCUUCGUCAAAUAGGAUGGUGCCGCGAUACUUCCUAGCUGGAGGGAAUGGUAAUUAAACUCGUCUCUUUCUCUGUCUCUGAACGGGAUGACCAUUCAAUUGCUCACCCAACCUUCGCUUCCAAGCCACGGAGCCACCGCCUCCACCUCUCCAGCUCUGGUCCUCCAUUGCACCCGACUCCAGACCCCUGAUCUCUCUUAUUACCCCGCCAUCGAAUCCUUCUUCCCACGGCCCCCCUCCUCUUCCUUCCCCAGCCUAAUCCCCAUCUAAGGCUCUCUCUCUCUCUCUCUCUCUCUCUCUCUCUCUCUCUCUCUCGGUGGAGACAUAGGGUCGCCGGUGGCGAAGCCGGAGGAAGGGGACGAGAAGAACGCAGGCUCUUUCUCUCUCCCUCCUACCCAAGUUCAGUGACACCGGCUGGCUCCGGGUCGACAUUUCCCGGCUCUUCAAUAUUGUAGCAAAAAUUCCUGCGAGUGAUCGGAGCCAAGACCCAAGAGUGGUGGGAGAAGCAGAAUGGCAGAGAUUGUGGUGAACUGUUUGAUCGAAAAGAUAGCCGAGGCCCUGUCGUCGGUAGCAAUCAGACGGGUCGGCUCCCUGCUUACCGCCGAGCGGCAAGUCCACUCCAAGAUAGGCGAAAUCAAAGGAGAACUCCAGGUCAUGCAGGAGUACCUCCGGUAUGCCGACAGCUACAGAGGCAGCAACCGUCAAGUAGUCCGAGCCUGGCUCAACGGUGUCAGAGACCUCGCAUUUCAGAUCGAAGACAUCGUCGACGAGUACACCUAUCUCAUGUCUAGACAAAACCGGAGCAAGUUCCUCAAGGGCCACCUCUUCCGUGUCUUCAACUAUUCCCACGACAGGGCUUUGCAUCGCAUCGCCGCUCGACUGGAGAAGGUGGAGAGCAGGCUCAGCCGUCUCUCCGAGACUAACAAUAGAUACGGCCUCAGGAUCCCGGAAGGAGCGUCGAAUAGCUUGAAUAAUGAGCGGGAAAUGGGUUGGCAUCUCGCGGUUUCUGCGCACUUCCUGAAAGAAGAUGAUAUAGUUGGGGUCGAGGAGCAGAGAGAACAACUCAUCAGGUGGCUGACGGAUGAGGAGCCCCGGCGGACGACGGUCUCCGUCUGGGGCAUGGGAGGUGCCGGAAAGACCACUCUUGUCGCCAGUGUUUACAGAGCUCAGAGGAUCAUCGGCCGGUUCGACUGCCGGCUGUGGGUUUAUGUGUCCCAAAGCUGCACGACCGACGAUUUACUGAGAAGAAUCAUGAGUGAAUUCUACCGUGAAAACACGGAGGCCGCUCCGCAUGACAUCAGUUCCAUGGAUCACAGGAUUCUGGUCGAGACAAUCCGUGCACAUCUGCAGCAAAAGAGGUACCUUAUUAUCUUAGAUGAUGUUUGGCAAACGGAUGUUUGGACCAAUGUUAGUGAUGCUUUGUUUGAUAAUAUUGCUGGGAGUAGGGUCGUGAUUACCACUCGGAAGCAGGAAGUAGCCAUAAAGGCGGAUGAUUGUCGGGUCGUAGAACUAAAGCCUCUGAAAGAGGAAGAGGCAUGGACUCUCUUCUGUAAGAAAGCAUUUCAGAGAGAGAAGAUAAGAAUUUGUCCUCAAGAGCUGGGGUAUUGGGCUAGGAGACUGGUGGAAAAGUGUGAAGGCUUGCCCUUGGCUAUAGUGACUCUAGGCAACGUCCUGGCACAGAGUGCAAAGACAGAGUUGGCAUGGAAGAAUGUUCAUGAUAAUCUCUUAUGGGAGACAAGCAAUAACCCGGAGCUCCACAGGGUUUCUGUAAUUUUGAGCCUUAGCAUCAACGAUCUACCGAAUUAUCUAAGGAGCUGCUUCUUGUACUGCAGCAUAUUCCCAGAAGAUUAUUUGAUUGAAAGGAAAAGGUUGAUAAGGCUAUGGGUGGCAGAAGGUUUUGUCAAAGAAGAAAGGGGAGAGAGCUCAAUGGAGGAGGUGGCAGAGGACUACCUCAACCAACUUGUCGGCCGAUGUAUGCUGCAGGUCGUAGAAAGGAAUGAAUUUGGAAGGGCGAGCCGCUGCCAAGUUCAUGAUCUAAUGAGGGACUUGAUUGUGGCAAGAUCAAGAGAGGAGAAUUUCUGUGAAAUUUAUGACAACAAUUCGAGAGGAAAUGCACAGCAUAGAGUUCGAAGGCUUUCAAUACUUGGAGGCAGGGGUGAUCAUCAGUUGAGCAUGAACAUGGAACAACUCUGCUCCUUUCAUGUCUUCUCAUCAUCCUCAGUUUUGUCCCCUCUAUUACUUCCCAAAUUUAAGCUACUGAGGGUCUUGGAUCUAAACUGUGCUCCUAUUGAUAUAAUACCAGAUGAAGUGGUCCAGCUCUUCAACUUGCGCUAUUUGAGCGUACGAGAGACGAAGGUGAGAGAGCUCCCAAAGGCAAUAGGUAGGCUGCGGAACUUGGAAACCUUGGAUGCAUGGCUCACUUGUGUUGAGAACCUACCUAGUGGAACAACAAAGCUAGAAAAUUUGCGGCACUUGAUGGUGAAGAAAAUUCAAUGCAAAACUUCAAGAUACACAAAUAGCGUUACGGGGGUGCAUGCUACUGAUCGAAUAGAUAAUUUGAAGAACCUACAGACACUAAAAGCUGUGGUGGCAGAUGAGGACAUGAUCAAACACCUGGGGAAUCUGACACUUUUGAGAAGAUUAGAGAUAGUAGAAGUGAGACACAUGCACUGCGCUAAGCUGUCCAAGUCCAUUGUGAAGAUGCAACACCUUCGCCACUUGGUUAUCGCAAGAAAAUACAGGCAAGAGACUUUGCAGUUGGAAGCUCUCUCUCCACCACCUCCCUUUCUUCAAAAGCUCAGCUUAUAUGGAAAGCUGGAUCAGAAGGUACUGCCCAACUGGUUAAUCUCCCUUGCGAACCUCACGCAUCUAACACUGCAGUCAUCUGGAAUUGGGGAAGAUUCACUUCUUUUGCUAUCCUCACUGCCUAAGCUUGUGUAUCUGAUUCUUUUCGAAGCAUAUGAUGAUCAGCCUUUGCACUUCAAAGCAGGAUGGUUCCCUCAGCUCAAAGUUCUCCGGUUGCAAGACAUGGCCCAUCUCAGUAGCAUAGAUAUAGAACAGGAGGCACUAAUAAACUUGCAAGAGCUAUUCUUAAUAAGAUGCAGAGAAUUGAAGAUGGUGCCUCUGGGCAUUGAAAACCUCACUCGACUCCAAAAAUUGGAACUUGAUGAUAUGCCCCAAGAGUUAGUGGAGAAGCUGCGUGAUGGGGGAGAGAGCAAGGAGGAUCGCUUAAGGAUUCAACAUAUUCCCGUUAUCAUGAAUUGGGUCAAGAUGGGGGACAGCUGGACUGAGGAAAGGCUUUCGUAGUGUCCACCAUGAUACUCAAUGGCUUAGACAUGGAUAGAGUCUGGAUAUUCCCUUCAAGAAGAGGUUUUGCUAGAUGGUUGUUCCUUUUAUUAAGCUUUCUGGAUUGAAGACUAUUUGUUAAAGCACAGGUUAAUGCCCAAAAGUAUGGUGUGGUUCUCUGGCCUUCUUUUUUUUUUGCUUUGAAUUCUCUGGCCUUCUUCCUCAACAAGAAAGAAAAGAGUUCAGUAAUGUGUCUAUAACAAUAUUACAAGAUGUAUACAUUUUUGCCCUUUUUCAUUGUAAUUAAAUAUUACUACAACUAAUCAAGGUUGUUGCAAAAAGUAUUAGUUAAUUCAAUAACAAUUUGUUUUUUUUCUUCUUUUUUUUUGGUUAUGUGCCUUCAGCAUUAAUAGGGUAUUUAGCUUUGUGGCGUGCAUAGCUGAUAUUAACGGGAGAUUAAAUUUUAUUGAUACGAGAGAAUGCUGGAAGUAUUUCCUCCAUAAAUUGCAUUCUUUCUUUUGUGGCCCAGAU